AUGGAUGCAAGAGAUAGAGGAGAAGAGAGGGCAGAGAAGCCCACAGUCCUGCAGGACCAGCUGCAGCCCAGCCUUCCCACACGGAAGUCCCUCAGGUGCCAGGCUCACACCCACCUCGGUGAUGCUGCUCAGGGUGAUCUCUUACCUGCGGCGCUCUUCCUCCUCCUUCACCUUUCCAGCCUGAAGUCCAUCCGGCACCAGUCAGACCGAUAUGUCAAAAUUAAGUGGAACUGGCAGAAACCCAGAGUCACUGACAACAAAGUGCGCAGGAGGUUCAAAGGCCAGAUCCUGAUGCCCAGGAUAGUCAAAAAGAGGACCAAGAAGCUCAUCCGGCACCAGUCAGACCGAUAUGUCAAAAUUAAGCGGAAGUGGCGGAAACCCAGAGGCAUUGACCACAGAGUGCGCAGGAGGUUCAAGGGCCAGAUCUUGAUGCCCAGCAUUGGCUACGGGACCAACAAGAACACAAAGCAUGUGCUGCCCAGUGGCUUCCGCAAGUUCCUGGAGCUCGAAGUGCUGCUGAUGUGCAACAAAUCUUACUGUGCUGAGAUUGCUCACAACGUCUCCUCCAAGAACCGCAAAGCCAUUGUGGAGAGAGCAGCCCAGCUGGCCCCUAGAGUCACCAAUCCCAAUGCCAAGCUGCACAGCAAAGAGAACGAACAGACAGCUCAUGCACAUUAUGACCUCAUCUAG